AUGUGGAAUGAAAACUCAGAGCAAUGGGAGAACCUCAAAUCUGUGUUGCUCGAUGGUGCUUCAGGGAGUAAAAUAUUAAUCACUACCCGUAAUGACCAAGUUGCAUCUAUUGUUAGGGGGAGUAUUCCUCCUUACAAUUUGGAUCAAUUAGAAGACGAUGCAUGUUGGUCUAUUAUCAAGCAAAAAGCCUUCUCUCCUGGUGGAGAAGUUGAUGCUCCAAAUAUGUCAGACAUAGGAAAACAAAUAGCAAAACAAUGCGGUGGUUUACCACUUGCUGCAAAAUUUCUUGGAAGUUUAUUGCACCUAAAAAAGAAAGAAAGUGAUUGGAUAUCAAUUAGGGAUGAUGAUAUCUGGAAUACUCCAGAUAACAAAAGAAAAAUCUUAUCAACACUAAAUGUCAGUAGCUGCGAGAAUUUAAAAUCCUUACCUGAGUGUGUGAAAAUUCUUCAUAAUCUGGAGGUAUUAGAUCUCAAAGAUUGCUUACUGAUAAAAACACUACCUAAGGAUCUUGGGGAGUUAAUUCAUUUAAGAUACCUUAGCCUAUCUAAUACUGACAUCACAGUAUUCCCCGAGUCUUGUGCUAACCUCGUGAAUAUUGAGCAUGUGUUUUUUCUUCUUGUGACGGAAAAGAUGAUAAACGAGACUGAUCAUAACGAGGGUAUGGAAGAGUUAGGAAACCUAAACUUUUUUGACAAGCUAACUAUCUUUCUUCUUGGUAAUGUUAAAGAUCCAAAUGAUGCUGAGAGGGCAAAUAUUAAGGGAAAGCAAAACUUUCGUGAGUUGACUCUACUUUGGGGAACGGUAGAAGAGUCCUCGGACACGAUGUGGGACGAGAAGUCGUGUAAUUUUCAACUUGAAACUGAGAAACUUCCGGCAGCUAUUGGGCAGCUCCCACGUCUUAGGUAUCUUGAUCUGGACAGAUUGUCUUUCGAGUGUUUGGAUAUUGUUGGAUUUCCUUCUUUCACCAAUCUUUUUCUUACUGAUAUGUUCGAUCUAGAAGAUAUUUUUGAUUCACAUCCUUGUCUUCAACAACUGGGGAUAAAUGAAUGUGAAAUUCUGACAGAGGUUCCUUCAUUUCCUUCUCUGCGAACGUUGAAGUUAGACAAUAUUGAUCUCCAGUUAGUAAGCUCAGUUGGGAGAACCCAUACCUCUCUUACAAGUCUUUCUUUCAAAAAUGUAGAGGAGCUCAUAUACUUCCCAGCAAAUAUACUCCAAAACAAUUGUAAUCUUCAAUAUCUGGAGAUUUUAGAGUGCAAUCAGCUUCAGGGAUUUCGAGUAAAUGAAGACGAUGACAGUGACGACGAGGUUACUCUGUUAAGCUCAGAAGUCUACACCAUCUCUCUUCAGGAAUUGGUUUUCAGAGAUUGCGCAGCUCUAAAGUUUCUUCCAGAAUUACGAGGGUGGACUUCUCUUCAGAAAUUAACCAUCUUCAAUUGCCCACAAGUGAAGGAGUCUUUAACUUAUGAUCUCAAAUCUCUCUCUCCUAUCUGGAAGGACUGUAUGUUGAUUUUAUUCAAAAGGACGAGCAGGAGGAGCCAGAAGAUUUAUCUGACCUGA